CAAAUGUACAAACUUCCGGUUUGAAAAAACCUUGCAUUUUGUUGAGUUUUAGCUAAACUUGGAGCUAUUUGAGUAAUUCUUCUACAAAAUGGAUUGGCAAUUAACAUGUCGAGUGUGUUUAGAAUCUGGGGAUAUGGUUUCCCUCUUUGAUUGGGACGAAAACAAUGAACAACUUGGCGACAAGUACACCUACUGCUGCGGCAUCGAGGUGUCGAAAAAUGAUAGUUUGCCAACGCUAAUAUGCUUGCAUUGUGUCGAUCGACUGACUUUUGCUUAUCAAUUCAAGCAACAAUGCCUUUCUUCAAACGAUACGCUUAAGGAAUGUUUAGAGGAGUUCAAGAAGAGCUCUGAAGCUGUGUCAGGAGCUGCUUCGUCCAAAGGUGCUACAGAAACAGAAACUAUCACUAUAAAGCAAGAGAAUGGUUUGCUGCUACAAUAUGAGCUGCCAGUGGAACAUGACCCUCAAGGCCAGUGGACUCGGACUCUGGUCAAAACUCCAAACAGUGCAGUGGUCACUAAAGCCCCUGGCCCACGGAAGAGAGGCCGACCAAGGAAAUAUCCCAAUGAACAAGGACAGAUUGAACUGUCACCAUACCAACGGAAGAAGCCGAAAAAUCAAGAGAAAGAACAGGAAUCCUUAACCACACUCCUUGCAAGUGGUUCUUUGGAACUCAAACAGGAGCCGGUGGAUGCUGAGGAUGAUGCAUUUGGUCAAGAUGGUGAGCCCCAUCAAUAUCCUAUUGAGUUUGGAAGUACAGAAGAUGAUCCUGACUUUGAGCCAGCAGCUGACGAAGAACCUGAAUCAGAGCCGGAAACGAAAGAGGUGCAAACUCAUCCCCGAAAGCGUGGAAGACCAAGUAAAAACCAACAAUCGUAUAUAAAGCCUAAAACGGAAGAUGGUGAAGAUGUACUCCUCAAAGAGACAAUCCUGGCCUUCUCUGAACCUAUUCCUGAACAUAUCCUUAAACCGAAACCCAAGAAGAGGCAUCCGUCUAAGAAGAAAUAUGUUUAUGAGAAGACUCACACAUGUGAGACUUGCGGUGCUUCGUUCACAUCCAAUGCGUCGCUACAAGCGCAUAUACGACGACAUCUCGGUAUCAAACCAUUUGUGUGCAGCGUUUGCGGCUUCGCCUGCGUGUUGCGAGAAGCAUUGAAGCGUCACAUGCAACGUCAUACCGGGGAACGGCCGUACAAAUGCAGGAUUUGUGAUAGACGGUUCGGAGACUACGGUACUAGGCAGAAACAUGAGAGGUUACACAUGGGCGUGCGUCCUUACCAGUGCUCGCUCUGCGGCAAAUCGUUCACGUACUCCUAUGUGCUAGCCAACCAUAUGCUGACUCAUACAGGAGAGAAGAAAUAUUCUUGCGGUCCAUGCAACAAGAAGUUCACGAAGGCCCAUCACCUGAAGUAUCACAACAAGGUGCACCACAAGGAACUGUACAUGCAGCAGCAAAUGGAACUGGAAGCUAAGAAGAUGCGCCAGCAGAUCAACGUCACCGGCCUUUCCGGUGUUAUAUCAGGCCAGAUUGUGGAUGGAACAUUGCAACUCAUACAUGCUACAUCUGAAGAUGGAGGUGAAGAGACACAGAUGCAGGUUGUCGAGGAAGGUGAUGAAGGAGGCGAUGAUUCUGAGAAGGAGACUGACCGAGCCGUCGCCGGCAUGCAAGCUGUCGUGCUAGACGCAGAAUUUUGUAUGGACGAAGACGUUAAAGGUGAAUGAUUUUAAUAUGUAUAAAGAGUUUAUAGGUA